CUUUCUUCGAAUCAAUCCCUGGUGCAAUUAAUCGUUCAGAAGAUAAUUCAAACGGAAUGUCUAGAACUGAGAUUACUUGUGCUGCAUGUGAUGGUCAUUUAGGUCAUGUUUUUAAGGGCGAAGGAUAUAAACAUACACCGGCUGACGAAAGACAUUGCGUCAAUAGCAUUAGCCUUAAAUUUAAUGACGAGACAACCGAAUAA